CGGAUCCGGCUCCCGAGGGCGAAGACUCAGAGAGAGGUUUUUAAAAUAAAAGCUUUUACCUACUUUCGGAGCGUAGGGAGUGGGAGUUUCUUUCUUUAUUCGAUUUUUUCUCUCUUCGUUUUUUUUGGGGUACUGAAAAAAUAAAUUCCCGCCCUUCGCGCUUCUUGAAUUCAAUCUAGAGAGCGAGAGAGCGGGGGAGAGAGAGAGAGAGAGAGAGGAGUUCCGAUGAAAUGGGGACGCCGGAGCGGAGCAAGAUCGUAGGGGUGGCGGCGCUUUCGAAGUUCGAGGAUUCCCCAACUUUCAACUUUAUCGAUGAUCUAUCUCCUAUCCAGCCUGUUAAGUCAGCACAUGGAGUACAAGUGUUCCAUUCUUUGAGUUUUGCUUCAAUUUCUUCAGUGUUUACUUCGCCACAAGUCAGUUCACAGAAGGAAUCUAGAUUUAGGUAUCCUUGUUCAGGCUCAUCAAAACUUGGGAGUUCAGCUGAAAAUUUGGAUCAAAACAAUCUAUACACAGGAACAUCAGAUUAUAUUAACCUUGCUGUUGCUCGAGAGAAAUGCAAUACGAUAUGCUCACUGAAUGAAGCUAAUGUUGACCCACCUGAGCAGUGUACAACCCGACCUAAUGAUGUGCCCCAGGCCGCCAUUCAGUAUGACCGUGACAGUCCCAAGCAUAAUACAGUAGCUGGUUGUGGUGUCAAAACAGAAGUUAAGUUAGAUAAUGGUGAAGCUCUGGUUGAACUAGCUCAUGUUGCUCAUGAUGGUGUUGAAAAGAGAAAAGUUUUGUUUGCUACUGAGAUUGAGCUUAGGGACGAACAUCAGUCAACACAAGAUGAGGAAGAAGUGGCUGCAUGUGACUGGGAAAAUUUAAUUUCUGUAGAUACCAAUGAUCUGCUGGUUUUUGAUUCUUCAACUGACUCGGAGGCUUGCAAAGAUCAGGAAGAAGAUUUUGGGGAUGAUGAUGCUACAUUAAUGUCUUCUUUGAAGCCUGUAGAUAGUGUUGAUCCUUACUUUCGAAAUGCUGUGCAGUAUCCUCAAGAAGGAAAUGAUGAACAUGCCAUUGAGGAACAUGGAACAGAUCACACUCCCCAAAUACUCUCAGGCACCUUUCAGAAUCAAGUUUUGUUGAGUGAUGAAGAUCACGAAACUGAAAAAGAAACUGGCAAUUGUAUCUCUGCUGACUGCAAGGUUGAGUCUCAGCAACAACGCGGCAUGAGAAGACGGUGUCUGACUUUUGAGUUAGCUGGAGGUUCAAAAAAGAACUCAACCAUUAAUUCAAACCUUCAUCCUUCAGUUUUAUUGCCAUCCAGCAGAAAAUGCACUGCAGAUAAUAAAAAUUUAAUUUCGUUGAAGCCAGGAAGUAGUUCAUUGUCACGUGCAUUACCCAGUAUUGGGUUGCAUUUAAACACUUUGAGAACAAUCCCAACUGAUAGAAUGGUUACCAAGGGUACUCCUGCUUUGGGUAAGCGAUUCAUUAGUAUGUCAUGCUCUAUUAACCCAUAUCCUCCAGUAACAGUUGAACAGAGUGCUGUGGAGAAGUCAUUGGAUGUUGUAAUGGACAAACAUCCUACUGGAAAGGAAGUUCUAAAUCAUGAUGUCUCACAUGAUGAUGCUUCCAAAGCACCUGAGUUUGACGAUAGCAAUAAUUUAACUCAGAGGAGUCCUAAGAAGAGAAAGUGUAAGUCAGAAAGUGAUGGUGAUGGUGAUGCUUGCAAGCGUUGUAAUUGUAAAAAGUCAAAAUGUUUAAAGCUUUAUUGUGAGUGUUUUGCUGCUGGAAUCUAUUGUGUUGAGCCUUGUGCUUGCAUAGGAUGUCUCAACAAGCCAAUCCAUGAGGAAACAGUUCUGGCUACUCGCAAACAAAUAGAAUCUCGCAAUCCACUUGCAUUUGCUCCUAAAGUAAUUCGAGCCUCUAAACCUGUUCAAGAUAUGGGGGAAGAAACAAACAAAACUCCUGCUUCGGCCAGGCAUAAGAGAGGAUGUAACUGUAAGAAAUCAAAUUGCCUAAAGAAAUACUGUGAAUGUUUUCAGGGUGGUGUUGGAUGCUCUCCAAGUUGCAGAUGUGAGGGGUGUAGAAAUACAUUUGGAAGAAAAGAUGGCUUUGAUGAUGCUGAACAUGCCAAAGAACUAACUGUCAGUGGUGAGAAGCAACAGAGCAAUCUGCAGGAGGACCAGAAUGAUCAUCAAUCACCAGGAGGCACAUUACCAAUAACACCAUCUUCUGAAAUUUUCAGACCCUUUGUUAAACCAUCUUUACAUUCAAACGGGAAGCCCCCUCGAUCUUCUACUCUUUCCAUUGGAUACUCAACAUUACAACCUCUUAGAAAAUGCGAAUUCCCCCUCCAAAAAACUGCAAAUCAUUUUAACCCCCCUGCUGAGGGUGAUACUCCUGAGAUCCUAAGGGAUGAUGCGUCAUGUAAUAAUGGUGUGAAGACUAUCUCGCCAAAUGGAAAGAGGGUUUCGCCUCCACAUAAAGCACUUGGAUUAUCUUCAAAAAGUAAGGGAGGAAGGAAAUUGAUACUGAAAUCAAUUCCUUCAUUCCCAUCCCUCAAUGGAGAUGAGACCAGUGAACACUGAGCAGUUCAUUCCAGCAAUAAUCAUGUUUGGCCGAGCUGAAGAAGUUUGCUGUUACUGUGUGACGUAGUAUUAAUGUACGGCUUGUGGUAGUUAUUAGCUGUUGAGGUAUGUUUAUAUGCAUAGUGUUGUAUAAUAAGUAGUACUUUUUAUGUAACUGAUUUGUUGUACAUUUUUUCUUAGUGUAAAAUUUUAAAGGAGGUACUCAUCUCCAUGAGUUUUCCCACA